CUCAGGAAACUGAAAGCUAAGAACACUAUUGGAACAGUAUCAAAAGUUGUUUCAUAAAAAACAAUUUCUAUCUUCCUGUGUUAUAACAAAGUGUAAGACAGCCAGCAGUAGACGAGUUUUUAAAUGACCCUAACCAGUGCCAUUUUUCCUUGUUAUCUUUUGAAAUACUUCAUUUUCUUGGCGUUUUUUUCACAACAGUAUGACUGCAUUUCAAUCUGUGGAGAGCUUUCCUGGUUUACUUCGUACUCUUACAGGAUAAAUAGUGUUUCUUGUAUUUCUGAAGACGAUCUAAAGAUAUAGACCUCUGCGGAAGAAGUUCCACGUUAGCCUGCUUUAGGUAUUUGGGGGUCCCUUGCCCUUCCAUGAAAAUUAGAGAACUGGCUUUUUCAUUUCUGCAAAGAAGGCCGUUGGAAAUUUGGCUCAGCCAUAACUUGAGAGAUGGUGAAUGAAUACAAGAAAAUUCUUCUACUGAAGGGACUACAGCCCAUCAGUGAAUAUCAAUUUAACAUGGUUAAGUCUGUACUAGCCCAUGAUUUGCAGCUGAAUAAAAAAGCACAAUAUGGAUAUAAUAAAAUUCAGAUUGCUGACUUGAUGGAAGACAAGUUCCCAGGUGCUACCUGUUUGGACAUUCUAAUUGAAUUGUUUGAAGAUAUCGAAGGCCUUAAAGACCUUGCUAAAACUCUUAGACAUGAGAAGAUAAAAGUUGAAAAGAAAAUCAAAGAAAAAAGGUUUCCAGUGAACAACAGCAAGCAGAAAGCCACAAGUCCUGCUAUACCUGCACCCACCACAAGUAAAUCUCUUACAUUUGAAAGAGCAGAGGAGACUCCUGGGGGCCAGAAAAGAAAAAGCACAGCCGAAGAGAACCCUGGAACCAAAAGGAAUAAAGUGUCUCAGAAGCAGAGUCAGCCUCCCUGUCCUUCAGCAGCCAGCACAUCUGUAACCACAGGGCACUACCCACCUCCCCAGAUCUCAUCAUCAACUCCAACUUCUGUGUCCUUACUUGAGAGAUGGGGAAAACCAAACAGAACCACUGACGACUUCAAGUGGAUGAAGCCAACCCAGAAGCAGAUUCAGCUUCCAAAGACUUCAGUGGCCAGCACACCUCCAACUGAUAGUGGUCCCCAAACUACUCAGGAGCCUCUGCCAACCCCAUUCAGCAGUUCCUUAAACAAGAAAAUAAAAGAUGAAAUCACCGGAAUUCAUGACACCAAAAGGAUCAAGCUACCCCAGGGGCAGUACCAGUUGCCACAAACUCUACAGACCAUCUCACCUCCACUUCAGAGCCUUCCUCAGACUCCUCAGAUGCUUCUGCUCACCCCAUCCAGCAGUUUCUUAACCCAGGGAAUGAAAGACACAGUCACCCAAACUGAUGUCAAAGGGAUGAAACUACCCCAGGAGCAGUGCCAGUUGCAACAAGUUUUAGUGGCCAUCACACCUCCAGCUCAGAGUGCUCUUGAGCUUUCUCCGAUGUUUCUAUUCACUCCACCCAGUAAUUCCUUAUCUGAGAAACCAAGAUUGAAGACUGAACCUAAAAAAGCUUCCAGAGAAGAGGGUACACAGAUGGGCCCCAAAAAAGUGAUGGUGCUGAAAGCAACAGAGCCAUUUGCAUAUGAGUACAGAGAAGAGGAGAGAAGGAUGUUUCAUGCCACAGUGGCUACUGAGAGUGAAUUCUUCCGGGUGAAGGUUUUUGAUAUAAGCCUGAAGGAGAAGUUUACCCCGAAGAGGGUCAUUGUCAUAUGGAAUUAUGUUGUCUUCAAUGGCUUCUUAGAGGUGCAUAAUGUCUCAUCUGUUUCUGACCUUAAUGUGGACCAAAAGAUGGAGAUCUCAAGUACAGUCUUUAAAAAUGCAAAUGCAACUCCUAAAAUCUGUCAUCUUUACUUGCAAGAUCUAGGAACAUUUGUGAAUGGGGUGUUUAAGGUCCAUAAGAAAAUCAUGAAGAAUAAAUGCAUAUUCUAUGAAAUACAAGAUGAUACAGAGAAGAUGGAAGUAAUGGUGUAUGGACGAUUAACGCAGGUCAAAUGUGAGGAAGGUGAUGAAUGUCAAUUCAUCUGCUUUGAAUUGGCAUUAAAUGUGGACAGGAGGCAGCUGAGAUCUGUACUUCAUAGUUUCCUCAAGGUUAUCAAGACCAAACAACACACCAAAUGGCCCCUCCAUCCUCAUUCAAGUACAGAAACUAGAUUAGAGCCCUUCUUCUAAAACCCUGGAUGUCAUCAUAAAGAUGUUGAUGGAGAAGAGACCCAGAUAUGGAAAAAGAAACAUAUACGUAUAUCUAGUUGAAAUAUGCAAUAUAUUUGCCAGCUAUUAGCUCUUGGUAACUGCAUUAGAAUUUUUUUGUGUGCGUGUGUGUUUCCUAAGUAGCAUAUUUUUGUGUAUAAUUUUUAUAAUUUGAAAAAAAAUAAAAACCUUCUCCCCCCACACCUCCAAAGGUGCUUCCUAAGAGUCUCUAAUCCAUUUGUCAGUUGCUUAAAAGCAAAUGUUUUGUGACCUGUAAAUCAAGAUGAGGCACACAGGCCCACACUCUGGGUGUCAUGGAUUGAAUUAUGUCACCCCAAACAUGUGUGUAUUAACUUUGUUAGGCCAUGAUCCCCAGUAUUGCAUGGUUGUCCUCAAUUUUGUGAUUGCAAUUUUAUGUUAAAGAGGAUUAGGGUGGGAUUGUAACACCACCCUUACGCAGGUCACAUCCCUAAUCCAAUGUAAAGGGAGUUUCCCUGAGGUGUGGCCUGCGCCACCUUUUAUCUCUCAAGAGAUAAAAAGGAAAGGGAAGCAAUCAGAGAGUGGGAGCCUCAUAACACCAAGAAAGCAGCGCUGGGAGCAGACCUCGUCCUUUGGACCUGAGGUUCCUGCACUGAGAAACUCCCAGACCAAGGAAAGACUGACGACAAGGAACUUCCUCCCAAGCUGACAUAGAAAGAAAGCCUACCGUGGACCGACACACUGAAUUCAGACUUCUAGCCUACUGGACUAUGAGGGAAUAAACUUCUCUUUAUUAAAGCCAUUUACUUGCGGUAUUUCCAUUAUAGUGACACUAGAUGACUAAGACAGUGGGAUCUUCAGAGGAGAAGGCCCUGGCUAAGAAUAAACAGUCUGUGACACAGUGGUUAAGAGCUCGGCUACUAACCAAAAGAUCAGCAGUCGAAUCCACCAGCCGCUCCUUGAAAACCCUAUAGGGCGGUUCUACUCUGUUCUAUAGGGUUGCUAUGUGUCAGAAUCAACUCAGCGGCAAUGGGUUGGUUGGUUUGCCCUACCCCAAGGAACACGGGCAAAGGGGUGGAUAGGGCUGAAAUCCAGCCUGUACUUCCAUUACCAAGCCCUUUUUCCUGAAGAGGAACUGCUUUAGCUCAGAACAAGCGAUAUCUUUUCAGAAUUAGCUUCUCAGAGAGGACAUAACUGGGUAAUUUGACUGCCCAAAGAGGUACCUUCUGAUGAUCUGUAUGAAGGCAGUAGUGUAGGUUAGAAGCAUUUCUAGUCCUGUCUGAUUUGAAAUAUCCCAUUCAUUUACCCAAGUAACAACAGCUCCUCAGUAGCUCUGCAGUCACAUUUUCUGGCUCUACAUUUCAUAUAAGAGUCCCUGGAUGGUGCACAUAGGUAAUGCAUUCAGCCGCUAACCCAAAGAGUCCACACAGAGGUGCCUUGGAAAUUAGAGGCCUGGCAAUCUACCAUGAAAAAAAUAGCCAUUGAAAACCCUAUGGAGCACUUCUCCUCUGACACACAUGGGGUCUCCAUGAGUUAAAGUCAAUUUAUUGACUCACCACACUUGUUUUUUUUGUGUGUGUGUGUGAGGGGGGAGGUUUAGAUGCCGAGAAUAAGAUUUAGACAUUUUUUGUUUCCUAGCCCAAUAUUAUUCUAUAGCAUUCUGUUAGAUAUAUUCAAGAUAAUUUUAGUCAUCUUUAGAGACCAGAUUUUGAAGGCCCUUGAAAAGUUAUAUAAUCCAGUUUGUUCAUCUGAAAAUGAGAAAAUUCAAGUCCAGAGAGGUUGGGUGAAGUGGUCAAAAUUACAAGAUCACUCAGCCAGUUAGGAAAUAGAUUUCCUCCUGAGAAAAUAUGAAAGAUUACUAAAACCUCAAAUUCAAAUUUGAUUUAUGGACACUGAAAAAAAAGACUGCUUCAUGAACAAAUGAUGUUUAUAUUCUGAGCUAUUCCAAUACUUCAAAUUCAUAUUGCUUUCUGUAAACUUUCUGUUACUGACUGUUUUUGAGCAUGUAGGUAAUGGUGAUUAAGAGUUAGAAAAUGAAUCAUUUAAGUGACCUGCCCAAUGCCGUUUUUCCCUUAAUAUCAUGUUAAUUUCCAUUUAAGCAUCUGUCUUCUAAGUAUAAGGGUGCCCCUAAAUGGAGAUAAGCAAGAAAUGACACUCCAUCCAAAAGAGUUUGCCUCACUGAUUUUUUUUCUUUUUUUGCUUAUACAGCUUAGUCCUCUAAUUCCAUGCCCCCUACUUUAUCUUAUAUUUUGCAAUUUGCCUCAUAUCAGAGCCCCUCCUUAGAGGAAAGUAAGGAAAAAGCUAGAGAUUCUCCUAGAUUUGUAGUGCAUGGACCAAAGAGAUGGCCUCAGCAGUCCACAGAGAUGUUAAUCUGCCACCAAAGAUAUCAUAGAAAUGUGGUUUCUACCAAUGCAGGAGGCAAAGAAAUAGCUCUGGGAGGAUCUCUAGGGUAUCAUAGUAUGCCUUCAACUAGAAGAGACAAACUCAACUGUACUGGCAAUAUUCUUUAUAGCUGCAUGGAGAGACAUGGAAAUUAAUUGCAUCAUUUUUUAUAUAUUUUACUCAUCUUAAAAUUUUCAUGAUUAAUUUUAAAGUCAUUCUUAUGUAUAUUUUUAUCCACCCAUAAGAUAAAUGACUAUAUUUUUACUGUAAAAAAAAAAAUCAAGUAAGUUGAUAUCCUUGUUGAAACCCGGAACAAUCAUACUUUUUUCUCCAAAGAAAAUCAUCAUCAUCAAGUUCAUUGUGUAUCAUUCCAGACCCCAGAUCUUUCCAUUCAUUUAUAUGUUUAUAUGUACAUAAACAAAUACAUCUUUCUUUAUAGAAAUUGUAAUUAGAAUGCCUCAGUCUCCUCAUUGUAAAAAUAGUAUUAAUAAUAAAAACAAAAAAACUC